UCCGUACCUCCUUAGAUACUACCGUACGUAACCUGCUUGGCAGGCAUCCCCAGAAUCGGAAUCAAUUGGUGUAUUCGGCAGCUAAACUUCGCGGCUUCAUUACCUUCUCUCCUCUCAGAUUCAGCAUAACACAGACGACACCAGUCCGAUACGAACAAGUGAUGCUCUCCCAGGGAAAUUACGCGAUUUAACCGACACCUAUGACAUGGGAUUCAAUGCCUCGUGGUGUCAGCGCGGUCAAGUAGGGGAUAGGGGACUGCGGACCCAAGCUACACGCGACGGAUCGUAGGGGGGAUCUCGAAGAGGCGAGGGGAGCUUUGCGAGAGUUAUCAUGGCCAACAACAUCUUGCCUGGCUGGCAUGACUUCAAUGCCCAAUUCCUGGCUUAUAUCAUAGUCUGUGGAGUCCUCGCCGUCUUCUUCCUGCUAUACUUCAACCGCAUAUUUGCCUCUAUCGUCUCGUACAUCAUCCGCGCAUACACCUGGCACCAGUACCGCGUCUAUAUCGAUAUACAAGCCCUGCAGUUAUCCUUGCUUGGAGGUCGUCUAUUCUUUGCCGGCUUCCGGUACCACGGGAAUAAUGAGUCUAUACUCAUACAGAAUGGGCACAUCACCUGGGCGUAUUGGUCACGGAGGGUACGCAGUGUCGGAUUUGGCGAGGGGGGAAAAGACCCCGGUCCAAAGACUGGUGAAGAUGGAAACAUAUCAGAUUCCAAUAAACGAUCGGAGCUCCCCUGUCGUGUCAACGUGGUCGUGUCUGGACUAGAAUGGUUUGUAUACAACCGCAGCGCUGCGUACGAUUCUAUUCUCGAUGCGAUGAUCGAGCGCCCUCGGCCGAGCAGCGCCGGCAACCCGUAUAGAGCCGAAGAACCAACAAGCAGCCCGACGAAAUCGCGACAGCGGCUAAAUAAAUCCCACGACAAACCCGAAGAUCUAAAGGGGUCCGGUUUGCACGUACAUCACGAGAAGGAUAAUCUCGGGAGCCACCAACCCGGCGCCUUCGUCCCUGCCCAUCCUCCUAAUAGUGGCCGUGAGGCGGCCGGGAAGGAGGAGCUUCCGCUGAUGCUGCAGCUCUUCCCGAUACACUAUAAAUGUGACAAGGCGGCUCUUGUUAUGGGUAACGAGAAUACGAAAUCGGUUCUUAUUGUGAAAACUCGAUCACUGUCCGGAGAAGUUGACGCAACCGAUUGCCGAACCCCCGAUCCCUACAGGCAACUCUUCAAAAUUCGCUUCGACAACCUGGUGCUCGAGAUGAAGGAGAAUGGUGGUUACAAGGAUGAGCAACUUGCUAAGGCAGCCAAGGACAAGCAGGCAGCCUUGGGUUCCAGCCCCGUCCAACACCGGCCAUUCUUCCGGAGACAGCGCCGUAAAUUCAUCGAGCAGUUUCGGAAUAGAGUUCCGUAUUGGAGGUCAUCGGUUGAGUCGUUUUCGGUGAAUUCACAGGAUGGCGGGGAACCUACCGAAGCCCGCAUGCCUGGCUCCAAUCAAUGGCAGGGACUUUCUCGGUAUCUCAACGACGACGGCGAUGACAAGCUUAGAUGGUCGUCGGUCGAGUACGCCGCUGUAAACACAGUGGUUGACAGCCCCGAGGCUGUAUUGACCAUACUCUGGGACGUUCCCGGAAAAGUCGCAUCGCAUGCCGCGUUGCGCCCACUCGCACCUGGUGACGAUCCGCUAGACGAAAUCAAUGGGACGACAGCACCCGCCUGGGCGAUUAGCCUAUCCUUAAAAGGGGGCACAAUCAACUACGGCCCUUGGGCGGACAGGCAACGGGCUGAAAUCCAGAGGGUCUUCUUCCCAGGCCUAUGCAAGGAUGCGACGCCCGCACGGAAACUUCCGCCCGGCGUGGAUCGCGUGCCUACACGAUUCAACUUCUAUCUGGAGCUCGAAAAAGAGGUCAUACUUAGGUUGCCCACACGUGAGGACUCGAAGAAUUGGAGGUGGAAGAAGGAGGCGCUCACAUUAAAGCAUCAACGAGGCCAGGAAGGUCAGCGGGAAGGGGUUCGCAAUCAAAAGUCUGUUACCACCACGGCGGCGGAGCAGCGUCCACAUGGAUGGCUCGACAUCAAGAUAGCGCCGAACGCGACUGUGUCGUACACGAUGGAUAUGCUAGCAAAAUCCACCGGGUAUACGAACACAGUUAAAAUCGACCUUCCUGCAACAGAAGUGUCGACCAGCGUUAACCACGGGCUUCUAUGGAGAUCCGGACCUCAGCAGAUUUCUUGCGACCUUUCGACACCUCUUAAAUGGAACGGCCUCCGUAAUUGGCACUUCGAUGUUGAUAGUGAUGGUCUCGAACUUUUUAUCCUACGAGAUCACAUAUUCUUGCUCAUAGACCUCAUAGAUGACUGGGGCAGUGGGCCGCCCUCUGAAUAUCUUCUCUUCACACCCUUCAAAUACUUCUUGAACUUACGACUUCGCAGGGUCAAGCUUUACCUGAAUGUUAACGACGUGAAUAUCAUCAACGACCCCACGAGUUUCGAAGAAAAUACGUAUCUCGUUCUAUCUAGCCCGUGUUUAGUGGUGGAUACCUGCAUAUCGUUGGAUACCUAUCGCCCUCCGAGAAAUGCUGUCGCCUUCAAACUUGCAGCCGAACCUCUCUGUCUUGAUUUGCACGUACCGCCAUGGAAUACCCAGGCGACCUUCCUGGCUUCAAAGAGAAUCGGGGGGCUCGAGAGUAUAACCGUAGACGGGAAAUACCAUUAUAAUGCAACAACAUCCCCCGCUAAUACCGAUACUCUCGUCCUCGACGUCUAUGGACAAUCGCUCAACAUAUUCCUUCACGGUUUCCUCAUUCGUUACUUCCUACAGCUCAAAGACAAUUACUUUGGCGACAAUGUGCAUUUCAGGACCUUGGAUGAGCACCAAGAAGCUCUCCGGACCACAGGAGCCACCCCAGAUACGGAGCCGAUAAAUCGUCCACCUGCCAAGAAAUCGAAUGAUUUAGAUGUUAUCCUGGGCAUCCGUACGGAUGAUCCCAAGGUUUUUCUCCCCGGCAACAUGUAUUCAGCGAAGCGUCGCAUUCCAAUCGAGGCCGCCUCGUUAGCCGUCGACCUUCGUUUCACGAACUACUACAUGGAUCUCGAUUUAUCCCUUAGCCCCCUCAGUCUUUCUUUCGCCGACGACGAUGAAGGUGCGGCAAGUCCGAUGAGCGCCCUCCAGAGCACCCAGCUGUUCAUCGAUGGCAUCAAUGUUUACGGCCACCGCAUGUUCGGCUUGCCACCUUCUGAGCCGACUUAUCUCUGCAAUUGGGACUUGGAGGUUGGAAGCGUUACCGGGGAAUGUUCAACCGAAUUUAUAACGACCCUCGCCAGGGGAGGGCGGGCAUUCGGCUUCUCUCUUGACGACGACGAAAAUGCGCUGAUCCCAUAUUCAUCUGUUGUGCUGUACGACGUCACCUUUCUGAGACUUUUCGUUGAAGCAGUCCAGGUUUGGGUGCACGUAGACGAAGCAGCUUUCUUAUUCUCCACUGGGACGAUCGAUAUCAAUUACAACGACUGGGCUAAGACGCAUUAUUCUAGACGUGCCGACGUUAGAGUGCCAAGUCUCGAGGUUGCCUGCGUAAACUCGGAAUCUGCUAUGAGACGCAAAGCAGGGCCCGGCUCCCGCGCUGAUACCGAUAUGUUCCUCAGGACGACCAUUCAUUUCGCUCUCAUCGGGCGGAAGUAUGACUUCGCGCAGGAAAGGCUGCUACAGCAGGAGCUUAUACGUCGCCAUGAUCAGCGAACCCACCGGGCUAGUUUUCUGCUACUCCCGAGGCUCCUGGAUGAGUUUAUUCCUGAUCCUGUCGAUCCCCCUGCGCAAAGCGUCCCGUCGGUUCCUCAGCCAGUUCUAUCAGGGACUGAUAAGGAGUCGAUAUCGUCACUAGGCUCGUCGCGUCGCUCCGGGGGACUUCGCCAUAAAAGCUCCUUCCUCUCAUUGGCUAGCUCGAGAAAUAGUAGUAUUAUACGACCGGGUUCGAUCAAGACCACACAGCAAUCUCGUGUUUCGGGUUAUGGUGCUGCUAAUGUUAUCUUGCUAAAGACCAACGGGUCGAAGCAAACGACUUCGCCCCGCGAGCACCGCACUCAUGCUGGGAACCGUUCGACUUCCAUUGGUGCUCACAGUGAGCUAGGGAGCAGGAGAGAUACUCCGCCUACGAGUAUUGCCUUUUCGAGUCAAUACUUCGCGCCCUCCUUUCCCCUCCAGAACACUCGACCGGACACGAGAGAAGCGGUACUGCAAAGCAUCGAAACAGACGGAGAUGAUACUCUGCUAGAUUCCUCCGAUUUUAAUCUCGAAGACAUACCCACCGAGCAACUAGGGCAAGACGAGGCUCACCAGAGCCUACUCCUCGAACUUCCAGAUGGUAUUGCCGUUUUCGUCAAUACCUCCUCCUUACAGUGUAUAGCGUCGCUUACACGAGCCCUGUCGCCCUCUGACCCCGAAGACAUUCUUGAUACUCUCCAGAUCGAAGCAGUAACAGAUGUAUUUGACACGCAAAAGCGAGCAAAAGUGAAAGGCACUGUGACAGAUUUUGUCGUGCGGCUACCACAAGCGAACUUACGGUUCCUAAAUUGUUCUAAUGUUGACUCUGCGGACCCUUCACAGGAGCCGCAAGACCAGUACGACGUGUCGUUAAGAACACUAUUGUUCGCCACACGAACUGGGAUACACACUGGACCGGCUGACAGUGGAUCAACCGGUAACGUUUCUCGAUUAUCAUUCCAUUUCCGCCUUGCUUCUCUCCAAUUGUCUGCCGCAGAGAGGCUCACGAACUUAGAUGAAACACAAGCCGCAGUGUUAGCCCGAGUAGAGAGAAUUAUGAUCUCGAUGGGGUCCAAGGAAGUAAACUAUAUCGAUGCCGACAUCGGUGCUAUCCACACCUCUUCUUCUUCAGGCAAGGUCGAAUAUCUCGCCUCUUUGAUUCACAGGACCAAUAUGCUGGCAUCGGAGGCGGGAAAGCUCUUCGCAAAAGUAUUCUCGAUUGCGGAUGAGCGCUUAAAGCAGUUCAUCUAUCAUGUUAUAAAGGAAGGACAACAGGAAAGUGAGGCCCCCUUCGUCGUCCGACCCUCGGCAGUCCUACGAACAGCCACGCAGCACCUAAGGACGUACGACUCCUGGAAGCUCGUCACCAGAUUGCGCCAAUUGUGGUCGACGUUAGACGUAGACGUCAAAGAGAACUUAAAGCGUGGCUGCCGGUUCGGAUUUGCGCGAUGUCCUGCCGAUGCGAGACAACAGGUUACGGCAAUCUUCGAUCGAUUGCAGAACUGGGAUCUGGAAGACCCGAGCCAUGCAAUGCUUUUGGACAAUGUCUUUGGCAAGUUACCUGAGUCUGGCUCGCAUGUCUCUGAUACCAUCCCUAUGAUGGCCGUGGCACGGAUACAGGAAAUACAAUUUGUGCUCGAUCCCGGUCCCAAACAGAACGAGGUUGUCGCCGUGGAUCUCAACGUGCGCGUCCAAGAAAAGAACGAUGACGAGCCAGAUCUCAAGAAAGCCACGGGCGGAGAUAAACUACUGACUCUCGUCAAUAUAUAUUGUGGCAAAGCCGGGCUCAAGUCCAAUUGGGAACUCUGCGAACUUGUAAACGACAUACUCCGACUUUACAAAAAGGCCGAAUCAUCGGGAUCCGACGAACCGCACCCUCAGCAGCAAGACAUCGCCGAACACAUCCCAUACCGUCACCUCCACAUAGUGUUUGUAUUGGAAGAGGGCGCUAUUUCUGUUGAGACCAUCAAUCUCAGUACCCGGUCUCAAACCGCCAACCUUAAACUGUCCAUGCUCACAAGUGGAGCACAAGGCAUCACGAAAUCAAACCUCGUUCUAGGGUGCGAUGCGGCCUCCGUGAAGAUCAAGAGCCAUUCACAGGUCCUAACUACUUCACGACUCCAAAGCCCGAGUGUACUGAUCGCCCAUGAACUUCAAGUCGACAGACAUUCUUCGGCCCAUACUAUUAGAGCCGCUGCGAGCAGUCAGGGCCUCGAAUUCGUUGUUAAACAAGACCCGAUAGUGUUAGCCGAGGUCCUGGACCUACUAGUCAGGGACGAAGUCGCACAACUUUAUGAGUUACAGCAGAGAUUUCCUUCAUCCCCCAAAAAGUCCCAGGAGCAUAAGGAGACAGAGCACCCCUCGACGUUUCGAGUGAAUCUGGCGAUGUUUUUAGAGUCGUAUACUAUCACAUUGCCGUUACUACGAUCUCUAACCUAUGCCAUCUCCGGAAACGUUGCGCGAACGAAUAUGACGGCAGACUUUGGCAAGGAGGUGAUACUCGAUUUCGAUAUUAAAGAGAACUCGCACGACAUGCAGAUUGAGGUCAACAAUACGCCUCGCAGCAUUUCCUUGCUACAGAUACCUCCGACAAAUGGUCGUAUCACUAGCCACACCACGCCGCAGGAGCAUUCGAUUACGGUGCUAGCCUCCCUCGAGCUCGUGCAACUAGACGCCUCAGCUGUCUACAGUUUGCUCACUGCGCUCAACCGACCUGAAAUUUCGAAUGCCAUCGACGAUCUGAAGCACCAGGGUAGAAUAAUACAAGAACACAUCGAGGAGAUUUUCGGGUCCGCUCGGCCCGAGUUAAAGACACCAGCAUCGUCAAAUCCAGGCGAUUCGAAGUUGACCUAUGUCGUUCACAGCAGCCUUGCCGGACUCGAGAUCUGGGGGAGCGCGCCGAUCAAACCAAGUAGCGAGUCCCGAGCGCGCUUAUCAUUUUGCUUGGGCAGCGUGCAAGUCGAGCUUGCUAAUAAGUUGGGUGAAGGAACGAUCCUAGAGAACCCCGAGAUGCGUGUGAACCUACGCCAGAUCAAAUUCGACAUCGAGAAAGGGUCCAUUGCGGAAAUGAGGUCUUGCGGCAACCUCUCCUUUGGCGCUCUGAUUACCGUCGCGAGUCGUGAGUCGGAAGAUGGAAAGGAGCUGAGAUCGUUCGACUUCAAGUCCGAUGGCUUUGAAGCAAACCUAUCAUCCGACACCGUGUCAACGUUUGUAGACGUAGUCGGCUAUAUGGGCGACAAAAUCAAAGACCUCGACACGUCACGCGAGCUCGAGUAUUUACGGAAGCUUAGGCAAUCGAAGCCCCGAAUUGCUAUCAAUGAUGAAGAGCAGGAUACGGAGAGUGACAUCCUCGACUCCUUCCUCUCCUCGGUUAUAUAUUCCUUUGAAAUACGCGAUAUCCAGCUAAGCUGGCUUGUUUCUACCCCGGAACAACCCGCUAUGGGCCAAGAAGAUCUAGUAUUAUCCUUCCGACGCAUCGAAUUCGCGACGCACAAAAAGAGGUCGGCGAAGUUGACCAUUGAAGACUUUCAAGUACAGAUGGUCCCUCCAGACCAGGACAAGUCACGCCGGACUUCCAACUCGGCGCUUCUCCCAGAGGUGGUAUUUAAUAUCGCCUUCGUUUCGACGGUCGGCGCUCGUCGGCUAGCAUUCCAGGCAGUGGGGAAGUCCCUGGAUCUUCGACUGACGUAUGCUUUUAUCAUUCCAGCAGCACAUCUCGCAGAUUCGAUUAGUCUGUCGAUGAAGAACGUCCAGCAAGCCUCGCAGCAUUGGGCACCGUUAGUCGCAGCGGAGAAACCAGCCGCAGAGGAUCCAGUCGCAAGGCCAGCUGGAGCUAGCCGCUCGGUGUUUGGGGGUAGAAGGCUAGAAUCGCUUUUAAUCGACGCCGACUUCGCGGGGGCUGUGGCACAUAUCUCCGGAAAGAGGUCCGUGGAGGAUGUGGCCGCGACAAGUGCCCCAGGCCUAAAUCGACCCACGUUGGCUGGCAAAUACGGACAAUUCAACGGAGACGAGACCGGAGGAAGCACGAUCCUUCGCAGCCCCGGCCUGGCUUGGAAGACCGAAUACAGAGACAAUGGUCGAGAUGACCCGACGUUAUACGGAGAAGUCAAGAUCGCUCCAUCACGCAACAUCAUCUACCCAAGCAUCGUUCCUCUCAUCAUGGACAUAAGCUCGAGCAUCAAGAAGGUUGUGGGCGACGACAUGCCCAAAUCGCCAAUAUCGCCAACAACAUCAAGCGGAGAGAAGGGUAAGGCUAAGGCCAACGGAGACGAAAAUAUUCUCACAGCCGACCCAAGCGCAGUUCUAGGGCGCAUGAAACUGAAUUUGGGCCUUCGCAUUUGCAAGCAAGAGUUCACUCUCAGUUGUCAACCUAUCGGUAGGGUUGCCGCUACGGCCCGCUUCGACGAUAUCUAUAUCACGAUGAACACGGUGCAUGCCGCCGAACAGGGGAAUUUCUUUGCCAUCUCGGCUACUUUCAGUGGAUUCCACACCUCGGUGCAGCACGUCUACUCGCGUGAAUCUACCGGUAGCUUCGAAGUCGACUCAAUUGUGCUUUCAAUGAUGAACAGUAAACAUGUCAGCGGCACAAGCGGGAUCUCCGCCAUUCUUAAAGUCAGCCCGAUGGAGGUAGCAAUAAAUGCCAAACAGCUACAGGACUUCUUACUCUUCCGGGAAAUAUGGAUCCCGGGAGAAAUCAGGCAAGGUGCGGCAGCACCCGUUGCGACGGCCACCUCAGAAUCAAUCGCACAGGGCCAUCUCGUCCAAAGGUACCAACAAGUUGCCGCCACUGCAGCAUUCCCCUGGACUGCUACGAUAUCCAUCGCUGCCCUAGACGUCGCCGUCGACUUGGGACAAUCUCUUGGCAAGUCCAAAUUUGCUAUAACCGAGUUCUGGGUAUCUUCGAAGAAGACAUCGGACUGGGAGCAGAAUCUCUGCCUUGGUUUUGAGAGAAUCGGCAUUGAUUGCGUUGGCCGGUUGAGCGGCUUCGUUGCCCUUCAAAGAUUUAAACUACGCACGUCUAUAGAGUGGCCGGAGCGUGAGCAAGCACUGAACGAAACGCCAAGAGUCCAGGCCUCUAUAAGCUUCAACCAGUUCCGACUGAAGGCUGCGUUUGACUACCAGGCGUUCUUAGUCGGGGACAUUACGUCGAUGGAGUUCCUCAUGUACAAUGUGCGGGAACAGAAAGGGGCCUCCGGCGAUAGACUCGUGGCAACACUCGAUGGAGAAGCUGUUCAACUGUUCGGCAUUACUGCCUCCGCGGCACAGAGUGUUGCGCUAUGGCAAGCCAUCCAGAAGCUCAUACAAGAGAGAAAAGCAAGCUACGAAGCGUCGCUGCGUGAUAUAGAGAAGUUUAUAAAAAGAAAAUCACUAGCGAGCCAACCUCCUAUCCACCAGACCAGCGCUACCAAGCCCCAGACCGACAGGUCCGUUACGAGAUCUCCCAUAUCCCUCGAUACCGAUGUGGUGGUAACGCUCAAGGCGGUGAAUAUGGGCGUCUUCCCAAGUGCCUUUACGGACAACCAGGUCUUCAAAUUAGAAGCCCUCAAUGCUCAAGCGAGGUUUGCGGCGAGCAUGGAAGACAAGCGGAUACACAGCAUUCUGGGGUUGACGCUCGGCCAGCUACGUAUCGGCCUCGCAGGCGUACGCAGAAUCCAGGCACCGAAGGCGGCUAGCGAGAUCUCAGUAGAGGAUGUGGUAGCAAGUUCUACAGGCUCAAGGGGCGGGACGAUCCUUAAGGUGCCCAAGGUCGAGGCUAUGAUGCAAACCUGGCAGACUCCGGAAUCCCGCAGCAUCGAGUACAUAUUCAGGAGCUCGUUCGAGGGCAAGGUGGAAGUCGGCUGGAACUACUCGCGCAUCAGCUUCAUCCGGAGCAUGUGGGCGAACCACACCAGGGCCCUCGCGCAGACGUGGGGCCGCGAGUUGCCGGCGAUAUCGACAAUCAAGGUGACGGGGGUGCCCGAGUCGGAGCAAGCGCGGGACGGAGGGGAACCCGGGGCCGAGCGGCGGCAGCAGCAGCAGCAGCAGAAGAUCACGGCCGAGGUCAACGUGCCGCAGUCCAAGUACGAGUACGUGGCGCUCGAGCCCCCCGUGAUCGAGACGCCGCAGCUGCGGGACAUGGGCGAGGCGACGCCCCCGCUCGAGUGGAUCGGCCUGCACCGCGACCGCCUGCCGAACCUGACGCACCAGAUCGUCAUCGUCUCGCUGCUCGAGCUCGCCGGCGAGGUCGAGGACGCGUACGCUAAGAUCUUGGGCUCCUCGUGAGCUGGACGGCGGAUGGCGGCCGCGGCGUCGAGGGCCAGGGACGGCGAAAGAGAGCGUGCCAGCGAACUGUGCGAGUGAGUUAGCUAGAGAAAGAGAGAGAGAGAGAGAGAGAGAGAGAGAGAGAGAGAGGAUAGAGGAGGAAACGGAGGAGGAGAGAGGCAAGAAUGGAUCGAAACGAUACAGAGGUAUAUAUAUACAUAUGC